UGUUGGUGAGAAACCAUUAUCCAUUAGAUAAGAUGCCAUCGAUGUAGACUACGUAUUCCACCUGCUAAUGGUGAGUAAAUACUCCAUUAUUAUCAUGCGGUUUGUUGGGCAAGAGGCAGUGAAACUGGUCGUUAAAAGAACAUUCCCAUGGAUGCGAGGAAACGCCCCUGACUUCCCAGACACACAGCUGCUCUCCAUAAUUCGAGAUACCUGAAUAAUAAUUAUGUUGAAAGCCGAAAAUGAUGCUUUGUCAAUCAUCUGCUUGCCGAGCUGCUGUCUGCCAUGUUCUGGUUCCGGGUCCUUCUGGUCCUGGCCCGCCGGGGUUCCUUCUCAUUUAACCUGCAGCAGCAUCGCCGAAGAAACACCUGCUUCGUCUGAAGGCAGUGUGUUGGAGAUGAAGCCGAAUUGUCUGCAUCCAGUGGAUAUUGCUCACCCAAAAAAAAAUAAUUGGGGGGUUAUUUUGUAUUCCUCCUUCUAGUUUGAGUAAGCGCUAACACAUCCUGGUGGCUUUUUGAGCAGCCAAACUUAAAUUAACGGAAUGAAAGUUACUUAUUUGGUUCAUUUAAAAAAUGCAAACAUAUGCGAGCAAACUUCUCUGAAACACGUGUACAGUGACGUUUAAAAAGCGCAUGUUCUUCCGCGCCUCUUGACGGGUUUCUCACGGUUCGCUCAUCAUUUUCUCCUUAAAAGCUGAAACAUAUGUUCCCGGGGUUUCGUGCCCACAUUGUAACCUGAAUGUAUUUUCUAGUGUAGCUUGUAAAAUGUAAGCACAUCAUCAAUUUAAGGCUUCAGGAGGGACAUUUGGAUUGGACAUUUGUGACUAUUUCCUUAAAACCACACUAUUUACUAUUUAAUUGUUCUGCUCACAUGUGACCACCAGAGGGAGGCUAAUCACCAUCAUAAUACCAGUAUGCGUGCUUCAUGUGGAGGCUCCGUCACCAUUGCCAGUUGUUAUACACUCAUAAUAUUCUGUUUUUUGUUGUGUAUCAUCAGGCAUAUUUAUCACAAAAUACUAAGACGCCAUUCUCUCACAUUAAACUUCUCUAACUAACCCUAACGUUGAACAGCCAGAUAUUAGUUGUUGUCGUUUUCUACUUAUUUACGGAGCCAGAAGCCGGAGCUUUCCGAGGGUCCCUGAAGGCAGCAUCAUUCAAUCUCACCUGGAGUUAAUCAGCUGAUGAUGAGGCUGAUUGGACGGCUCUUGAGAGGAGCAGCAGCUUCAGUCAUCUCUCUUCGGUCACUGUGCGGACUCCUGAGAUCAAACAUGAAGCUGUCAGGACUGUUGGCUGUGUUGUUACUCCUCUGUACUGAUCGGAGAAGCUCCGGGAUGUCCCACCCUAAACCAGCCUGCCGUUAUCCGCCGUCUCAGUGGUGUCGAUCCCUGGAGAUAGCCAUAGCAUGCAAUGUUCAGAAACAGUGUAUGGAGGUGAAUGCUACCAGACCAAACCAGGCUGUUCCUCCAGUAUCUGUCAUUCUGUACUAUGAGAGUUUGUGUCCGGCCUGCAGAGCCUUCAUCACCCAGCAACUCUUCCCCACCUGGACGAUGCUGCAGGACAUCAUGACUGUCACUUUGGUCCCCUACGGGAAUGCUAAGGAAAUCCCAUCACCAUAUUCUCCCUUCACCUGCCAGCAUGGAGAGCCUGAAUGCAGAGGAAACAUGAUUGAGGCCUGUAUCAUCCAUUUAACGGGACACUCAGCAUUUCAGAUCAUCUACUGCAUGGAGUCAGCAGCAGAUGUUCUCGACGCUGCCCCGCCUUGUCUCCAGCUGUAUGCUCCCUCCGUCUCCUGGUCGAGUGUUGACUCCUGUUUGAAGGGAGGUCUGGGACGCCAGCUGAUGCACACCAACGCUGUCAUGACCAGAGCGCUGCACCCGGCACACACGCACGUGCCCUGGGUCAUCUUCAAUGGGGAAUACACAGAGGAGAAUGAGGACAAGGCGAUGUCGUCUCUUUUCCACUUUGUUUGCCAGCUCUACAAGGGAGUGAAGCCUCCAGUCUGUUCUGGAGCGCCGGUCAGACUGAACAGAAGCUUCUGCUGAACACAACAAAAACUUUAACAUGUGUGAAAACAGAAACUCACAACAUACAUAAUGUACCAAAUAACACAUACACAUGUCUUGUUUAUGUGCCUCUUGGGAUCAGAUUUAAAAGUGGAAUAAAUCAGUCUCGUCUUACUGUAGUUUUUGAAUGACAUUAUUUCCAUUUGAAGAACCUUUUUUGUUUCUAUAGAGUCGAUCGAAUGGAAUAAAAACAACCAGUCUGAACAAAUUUCCAUAUUAUUUAUUGUCAUUUUCCACUUAAAUCACCCUGAACUCUCAAAAGUCUUUUGGCUUAGAAUGAGAAAAUAAAAGUUAUUUUCUUUGACAAAAACAUUGGAGUGGCAUAUGUAUACUUUUAAAGUAUACUUGAUUUUUAGGCUCAAGAACAUAAAAUCAAAUAUCCUAUGUUACAGUACUUUGUCUUGACCGACACAUUUGAAGAAUAAAUAUCUUUAUAGAACUUUGCACGACACAGGCUGAGAAAACAGAUGGCAUGAACAUUAAUGGUGGCAGUAUCGGUGUGACACACCAACAGAGGGAGAGCAGGGACUCUCCUGCUCGUCACUACAUUUAACACUGUCUGGCACGAAUGUCUUCCUGUAAAGACCCACACUGCUGUGUUUUUAACAUGCCGCAACUCCUUUCAUCACCGAGCUACAAACUACAUUCAGCUGACUGAAAUCAAUUGUUUCAAAUUCACAUGAUGAAGAUGCCAUGAUGAUGGUUCGUCCAAAAAAUGGGACACGUUUUCUUGCUUCAAAAUGGAAGAAUUUUACAAUGAAAGUAUGGCCUGGGCUAACAAGACAUGUUAGACACUUCCUGUGCUACAGGAGUGCUAACAGACAAAAUGGUAUUUAAAUAUAAAUGUAUCUUAUUUCCUAAAAAUAAAUAUUUAGAAUCAGAAGUUGUAUAAGAGGAGAAAUAAUUGACAUUUAAAAAAAUAUUAACCAGUGCCAAAGUCUGUCUGAGCUUCUUUAUCCAUUGCAGUCAAAGUUUUAACUAUUUGUGGACUAAAAGUUUAUAUUGCACACUUAAAUAUUUAGAGACCUUCGAUAAUGAGAUCUAAAGCUUGGAAAGGAAGUUUAAUGGAUGAUUACAGAACUACAGAGCAACUUUUUGUAAAAGUCCAACCUCAACUCUUUAAAAUUACAAUGUCGGAGUACUAAAA